CAAAAAGAAGAAAAACCGGAAAAAGAAAUAAACAAAACAGCGGCGGCUUCAAAUUAGCUGCGAAGAAAAUGUCGUUCGCCUACAAAAUGACGGAGCGGGACAUCAGGAAGCUGAUCGAGCUGCGCGCCGCCAACAGUGCCGUCUUCACGGGAGAGAAACAUUCGGCCGUUCGGGGAUGGAGGGCCAUCUGUCAGGAGAUGGGUCUGCAGGGGGUGCUGUCAGCGCGCCAGCUGAAGAAGAAGUGGGACAACCUGAAGGUGAAGUACAAGGUCCUGAAGAACCCUCCGGUGGGAAUGGAGACGACGGGAGGACCCUCGUGGCGCUGGUUCCGCCUGAUGGACGAGGCCGUCGGCGGCCGGCCGGCCGACGAGCGGCGGGUCCCCUCGGCGAGCGGGGACGAAGUAGCCACGCAGGUCCAUUUCAGCGUGGAUAUUUCUGAAACCGACGGAGACGUCGCCGCCGCCGCCGCCGCCGAAGACAAGAAAGAAGUCAUUAGACUGCCGGUCCCUCAGAAAGUCCGACCGGACGGCGAGCGCUCCAGGGCGGAGACCCCGCUAUGCCGCACGCAGGACCCGAAUGAACACUACGGACACUUUGAGCGGGACCGGGCGGCGCUGGAACGAGAGCGGGCGGCUCUAAAGCGGGACCGUGCGGCUCUAGAGCGGGACCGGGCGGCUCUGGAGCGGGACCGAAUGUGUCUGGAUCGAGACCGGGCCUGUCUGGACAGGGACCGAGCCGUUUUAGAGCGGGAACGGGCGCGCCCGGGUCGGGAAAACGCGAGGACGCCAAACGCGGAGGCCGAGUCGCCCGGCGAGGAAGGGACCGAGUUCUACCGGAACUUUCUGGCCCCCGACGUAGAACCGCAGCGUCUGGAGAGAACGCAGAGACUCGUGUGCUUGUUCAAUAAGCUCGCCGACAAACUCGAGGUGGAAAAAGUUAGCGCGGCGAGCGAGUUGACUUCUACGAGUUGACUUUUCUCAGUAAAACGUUAACACCUCGGCUGACAUUGACGUCCAAUCCGUUUGAAGUGGGAGGCUGAUAAACUCGAGGCAGAAGCAUGAAAAGAGCUUUCGUGGGCCCGACCACCAUGGUUUGACGGCGGCCAUGUUGGGAGGGGCGUUGUCAUUGCAUUGAUGUUCAAAUGAGGUCAUUUGCUUGCCACCCUCCAACUUCAAAGGCUUUGGAUGUCUACUCCUUCAAAAUUGACAGGAAUAGGAUAGCCCUAAAUGAACAGGAAGUGACCCGGAAUGCCCCAACAUCACCAGGAAGUGCUCUAAAAUAACUAACUGGGUUGUCAUUGAUGGCUUUAGACUGACUGAGCCAUUUGAUGUGGGAGGGUUGGCAGCAAAUAUUUACCCAUGUCAGAUUGCAACAUUGGAAUAUACCUUUUUUCGGGGUCAUUUUCUGUCAUUUCAGGUCCCUUCCUGUUCAUUUGGGUCACUUCCUGUUGAUAUCGGGAGCAUUUCAGGAUCAUUUCCUGUUGUGUCAGGUCACUUCCUAUUGAUAUUUGGUCUCUUCCUGUGGAUUCUGGAACAUUUUUGGGGUUGUGUUGUCCUGUAGAUUUGGAAGCUUCCUAUAGAUUACCUUCCUUCCUGAUUUACUAUUGACUUCCUAUAGAUUUAGGAGAACUUCCUGUAGAUUCGGGAGCAUUUUAGGGUCAUUUUCUGUUGUGUCAGGUCACUUCCUAUAGAUUUGGGAGCCUCUGGGGUCCCUUCCUGUGACUAUGUCACUUCCUCUUCAUUUUGGGGUCACUUCCUAUAGAUUUAGGAGAACUUCAGGGUCCUUGCCUGUUGAUAUCGGGUCACUUCUUGUUUGUUUGGGGACCUUUCAGGGUCACUUCCUGUUGAUUUUAGAUCACUUCCUUUUGAUUCAGGAGCAUUUCGGGAUCACUUUCUGUUCAAUGCCAUUGCCUGUUGAUAUUAGGUUAGGUGACUUCCUGUUGUGCCAGGUCACCUCCUAUUCAUUUAGGUAAUUCCCUGUUGAUAUCGGGUCACUUCCUCCAGAUUCGGGAGCAUUUCAGGGUCAUUUCCUGUUGUGUCAUGUCACUUCCUGUGGAUUUGGGAGCUUCUGGGGUCGCUUCCUCUUGAUAACAGAUCACUUUUUAUUGGGGUCACGUUGCAUUUUGAGCACUGUCAUCUUGUAGUUUUUUCCUUUGUUUGGCUCUAAUAUUCUGCUAAAUGAUAAUGCACAAUAUUGUAUUAUCUAGUUUGGAUUGUGUGUUUGUAAUGGUUUUAAACAUAGGCAGAGUUUUGACUUUUAGGGCAGAGGGGGCACAACAUGUUGAUGACCCCAAAACGCAGUGUCAGCAAUAAAAUUUACUUACAAGAAUAUUUAUAAGCAGGGGUGCACAUAAGUGGUCCACAUGCGCGCAUGCGUACUGGACGUAGACAAACGCGCUGGCCCUCAACGGCUUAGAUACGCUUUUGCGUACCGAUGGCUGACCACUGUAUUUGCGGCGGACACGAGAAAAUCACUUCUCAAAAUGUCGAAGAGGCAGGCCACACUGAGUAAUUACUUCCGUGUUCCCCCACCCCUGUCAAAAGACAGACAGACGACAGAGACGACACCGGAGCUACCGAAAAAAAGGACUUUUGCUGAAAAGUGGCUACAGGAGGUACCGUGGCUAGAAGCAAAUGAUUCUCGCACGGAAAUGCGGUACAAAAUGCGCCGUGAGAAUCCCAAUGCCGCCGAUAAGAGCAGCGCAUUUUAUGUAGGGUCAAAGAAUUUCAGCCAUCCGAACUUUGAAAAGCACGACAAAAACAGAGCGCAUGUGGCAAUUACGCAAACUGUCGAUGUCAAACAGGACCCCACUCGCCCUAAGGACAAGUGGCUGAAUAAAGAUAAUGAACAGCAACAUGCACUGACAAACGUGUUUUUGCUCGCAUUUUACAAAGCUAAACUUGCACGUUCAAUGAGGUCUUAUGAGGAGGACAUCCCACUUUUUAAAAGGCUUGGAGUGAAUGUGGGAGCCGCAUAAUGCCCUUUAUUUUGAAUUGGUGCUUUUUAUUUCUUUACAUUUCACUUCAAAGUAAUGGCAAUUCUGUUGUGCCAGUUGAUGUUAAUCAAGCAUUAAUUGUUAAUAUAAGUAAUUAAAGUUAAUUGGCUCUAAGUAAAGCUUGUCAUAAAUUUAUCGCAUCAGGCGGGUCGGCUCUCAAGCUCAAUGAGGACCAAGUCACAUCUCCAGGUCCUCCUCUGAGAACCUGGGCAAAAAAAAAUUUGUGCACCCCUGUUCAUAAUAAUAAGUUGACAACGAGUGAUUUUUGUUUCCCAUCAUUCUAGAGGGGAAUUCUAAAUUGGGCUGUUUAGGCAAUACUUUUCGCCAAGAUCGUCAUCCAUUGAAUAUGGUACGCCCGCCAGUGUCGUGCCAAUGUUGUUACCACAGUCAAAAAUUGUAUCCCCUGGGCGGAACCAUAUGGAGGUAGAUUUGUGUCUUUAUUAUUCAAUCCCAAAAAAAUGUUUGAAUGCAAAUACAUUUAAAACUAAAAAAAAAUGAUUUUUUUUUUUUUUUUUUGAUUGAAGCAACUUCUUUGAAGUAAUGUUGAUUUGUGUUUGGGCCACAUUUUGGCGAGGACAUUUUUGUCUUUUUUAUUCAAUCAAAAAAAGAGGUUGCUUCAAAAAAUAUAUUUUCAAAAAGAAAAAUCUCUUCAAUCAAAAAAAAAUUCAAUCAUGAAAAAGUUUUUGAAUGCGAAAAAAUAUUUAAAAAUUUGCAUUUGAACACUUAAUUUUUCAUGGAAAAAGUUUUGAUUGAAGCAAUCCUUUUUAUGUUUGGGUCAUAUUAUGAGUAGGACAUUUGUGGCUAAAUCAUUUAAUCCCCCAAAAAGUUGUGUCAAUCAAAAAAUAUAUUUUUUCAAUCAAAGAAAAAAAUCAUUUGAAAAAUAAAAUUGCCCUUCCAUAUAUAUAUAUUUUUUUUAAUGAUAUGCAAAGCAAAUGACCGUCUAAGUUGCUCGUCACAUGAUAUGUUCGAAAAAAAUAAUUUUGACCCAUUAUAAAAAUAUAUUUUUUUGUUCAUUUCAUUCAUUUUUGUUGCAGUUUUAUUGCUUUAAAACUUUUAUAUGUAUAGGAAAGUCAAUUACAUGCAAUCACACUUUUCGCCCCCCAUUAAAUCCGCUUAUGGUUUUAAAUAAAAAAAUUGAAGAUUUUCUGGUCAAUGUCAGAAGC